UAGAACUUGUUUCCAAAAUUCCUCCCUCAAAAUCCUCUUUCUUCCAUAUCCUCAUCCUUUCUCUUUUCUUCUCUAUCACAAAAUCAUGAAAUCCAUUGACAUUUUUUGUGCCUCCCCAGCAUCCACGGCUAUAUGUUCAAGCACGGACCAACGUAAGAUGGUCCGUCACGGCGGAACUAGGUCACUUCAUGACCAUAUCCACCGUCGCGUCGGUGAUGACUAUCAUUAUCAUCAUCACCGGAGCAAAUCUAGAACGAAAACGAAAGCUAAAACUCCAGCCAUCCCAUGUUCAUCCGAAAUUCCCAUUAGCCCAAGACAUUAUUUUGAAAAGUAUAGGAAGAGCACAUCUUCUUAUUCAUCAACUACUACUACCACCCCAAAGCUAAACCUUGAAUUUCUACGAAGAAAAAGCUCGGCUGACGUCACCGACCUCUAUAGUACUUCUCGGGAUAAUUCAUCUUGGUCGUCGUCGAAAUAUUUGUUGAGUGAUAUUCCAUUAUCACUUGACAUAUAUUCCGACGACGAUCUUCCUCUGCCUCCACCACCACCACCUCCACCUUUUCAUCAUCACCGUUAUAAUUCCUCGUCCAAAAUUGAUGUCAACCCUCCACCUAGACAACCUUUGAAGAGCAUUAAUACUUCCAAAAGGCAUAGUGAUUUUAAGGAAUCUCCUGUUUUUAGAUCUUCCAAUUACUCGUACGAUGAUAAUCCUGUUUUCGAAAUUUCUUCUUCUGUAUCAUCAUUAUCCCGUAGAAGUGUUGAUUUACAUUCUCAGAAGCAUUCAUCUUCGUUGUCGCGUUUGAAUCAUCAUCAUCAACCUCAUCAUCAUCAUGUUUAUGGUCAAAAAUCACGGGUAAAUGAUGAGUUCCAUGUCCAAAAAUCUUCAUUGUCUCGCGUGAGCAAUUCUUCACACGCGACUAAACCACCACCACCAUCAUCAUCAUCAUUGACAACAUGCAAAGAUGAAUCCCAUCCUUCUGACAAAUCGAGUCGACCCCGUGAUCAUCAGGUUGUAGAGUUGAGGGUAUCAAUUCAUUGCAAGGGUUGUGAAGGUAAAAUCCGGAAGCACAUUUCAAGAAUGGAAGGAGUGAGUUCAUUCAGCAUAGAUCUUGCCACAAAAAAAGUAACUGUAAUUGGGAAUGUGACACCUCUAGGCGUGCUGACCAGCAUUUCCAAGGUUAAAUUUGCAGAGUUUUGGCCAUCACCAACUUUUUCUUCAACCUCUAAUUCAUCUUCAUCAACCAGUACAACCACUUCUGAUAUGAGUAUUGUUUCGUAUUAAGGAAAAAGAACGUGUUUUUGAUUACUUAUUUAGUGACAUGAAACUGCUUGUUAUUAGUAAUAUGAGUUUGCUUAAAAUGACAAUAUCGUUUGGUUGUGGAUUUUUUUUCUUUAUGUAAAUACACUUGUUUUGAAUGGAGGGUUGGUAAAGUAACAGGCAUCUGCUGAAUGUUUUUGAAGUAUUGUUAUUGGUGAAGAUUUAUUUUUUUUUAAUAGAAUAAAGAAUGAUCAUUUGGGGAUAAGUAACCUUUUUCUUUGUUUAAUUUGAUUAAUUUAGAAGCCUACUUUGGCUUUGGAAUCUUUGUCUGUAGACAUUCCCCUCUAUUUUACUUGUUUUUGCUACUUUCCAGAUGGUGCAUUUCAGGGGAAUGUGGUGGUAUUUACCCAACACUUUCACAGUAACCCUGUUCACUACUUUGGAAUGUGGGAUUGCCCUUAUUUCCUUGUUGAAAGUUUCAAAUUAAAGAACAAAAGCCUUAAAAAAUUUCUACCAAACCUUUCUUUCAAAUUUUCUAAGUUCAAAAGCACAAUAUUCCCAUGUGGAUACUUAAUCUCGUUUCCAGACAAAUGUAUAAGACAUAUUUUUAAACUACCCUUAUAGGUCAAAAGACGGAGCAAAGAGUUAAUCUUAUUUCAUGCUUAAUCAUAUCAGAUCACAUUGACUAAGUUCUUAGGAUCCUCUAUUCCCUUUGCUUCUGCAAAAAUACUCAAACUAAUGAAUACAUGAAGCCAUGAAUUAGGAGUCAUUAUUAAUUUAUCCUUAAAUUUUAAGAAAAGGGUUCAUUACAACACAUGAAAUCAUUUGAAUCUCUGACCUAACUUUAUCAAAUAAUAUUUCAAAUAAUUAUAAAGAAGACACGAAGGACCUUUUAUCCGGAAGUGUACUAUAAAGGCUGGGUCAUCAUGUUCUAGCAUUGUCAUGGCCAAACACAGAGUUAAAAUGUACAUUAUUGCAUAGCCUAAAUGUGGAGCCUCCGAUGGAAAUCAAUGUAUAUUUUUUUUUCACCCUAACGCUCGUAGAUUAUUUCACGAAUGGAAUCUACAAGAGAAAAUAUU